CGAGACCCUGAAAAUUGAUGCACAAAUCUCCUUUCCCCGAAAGAUUCUCCUCCAACAAACAUUUUACUUCUUAAACCCUUUUCUCCCUUUCUUAAACCCUCUACUCUCUCUCCUCUAUACCAACAAGCUCAAACUCACUGCAACUUUUUGACAAUGGCUUUUUGCUAAAUUCAGCGAAAAUGUCUCUUCAUUUCAACAAGAUUUUACUUGUUGUUGCUUUAAUCUUCUUCUUCAAUGGAAAAGAUUUCAGGGUUCAGUGUAUUUCCGGGCCUCACAUUGCUGAUGUUAACAUUCUUUUGCCACCCAAAAUGACUCAUCCUGUUGAGUACCGUCUCCUUGGAAGUGAUGGCUGCUUCAAAUGGUCAUGGGAUCAUCAUGAUUUAUUAUCUGUUGUACCUGAAUACAAUGAAAGUACCCAUUGUUCAACAAGUGCUCGGCUACGAUCAAUUGCUCCUUACACUGGAAGAAAGGAAACAGCUGUUUAUGCUGCUGAUAUUCGCACAGGAACCGUAGUCCGUUGUAAAGUGUAUAUUGAUAUGUUCUCCAAGAUCCAGAUAUUCCAUAGCUCUGUUAAACUUGACUUAGAUGGUCUUGCGACUCUUCGGGUUCGUGCUUUUGAUAGUGAAGAUAACGUCUUCUCCUCAUUAGUGGGCUUGAGGUUCAUGUGGCAACUGAUGCCUGAAAGUGACCAUUCAUCUCAUCAUCUUGUUCAUGUCCCUUUGGGUGAUUCUCCUUUAAGUGACUGCAGUGGAUUUUGUGGUGAUUUAAAUAUUCAGACAAAGCUUGAAAAUAGUGGAGUGUUUUCAGACCUUUUUGUGGUGAAGGGAAUUGGCAUUGGCCAUGAGAUGGUCUCUGUUCAUUUUCUCGAGCCACAAUUUGAUAACGUGACAGAUAAGAUCGUCUUGACUGUAGCAGAAGCCAUGUCGUUGGAUCCUCCUUCCCCAGUGCUUGUUCUUGUUGGUGCCACAGUGCAGUACAGUCUUAAAGUUAUCAGGGGGAACAUUCCUCAAGUUGUGCCUUUGCCCUCUCCAUUUCACCGCUGGUCUUCACUAAAUACUUCAACAGCUCAGGUGGAUGUUAUGACGGGUCUGGUGCAUGCAUUAAAAUUAGGUGAAACCAAUAUCAUAGUGGAGGAUACGAGGGUUGCUGGACAUGUUCAGAUGUCAUCUCUGAAUGUUGUUCUUCCAGAUUAUAUGUCUUUAUACUUGCUGCCUCUAUCUAUAUCUGGUGACUCUAUCGAAGGAGUAAAACCUACAGUCCCCAAUGCCCGUUGGUAUGUCAUCUCUGGUCGACAGUAUCUCAUUGACUUGAAGGUUUUCUCUCGAGGGCCUGAUGCUCGAGCAAUCUAUUUAACAAAGAAUGAGGAUGUGAAAUUGUACUAUGAUCAGCCAAAACACUGGAAACAUUUUCCCAUACCAGAGAUUAUUGCUGUGAAGUAUGGUUGUCAGUAUUCAAGACUUUUGGAGGCAACUGUUGGAGGAGUUGGGAAGUUGUCAGCUUCCUUGACUUACUCUACUGACCAUCUUGAGGCAAAGGAGGUUCUGAAGGUUGUGCAAGAAGUCAUGGUCUGUGACCCAGUUAGGGUUAAAGAAGAAGGAAGUAAUAUUUGUUUGUCAUCUUUUCUGCUCCCUUGGUCACCAGAUAUUUUUCAGGAAGCAGAGCUAAAUGCCGUGGGAGGUUGUGCAAAUUCACCUGCGGAUUAUAGGUGGCUUUCAUCUGAAAAUAAUAUUUUAUCUGUGUCAGCUACAGGUGUUGUUCAGGCCAAAAGGCCUGGUAAAGCCACGGUUAAAGUUGUUUCCAUUUUUGAUGAUCUCAAUUUUUACGAGGUGAACAUUGAAGUUGCUCUACCUUCUUCAAUGCUUAUGUUGCCAGACUUUCCUGUAGAGACUGUUGUUGGGUCACAUCUUCAGGCUGCUGUGUCUAUGAAAGCACCAAAUGGUGCUUUUUUUUACCGUUGCGAUGCUUUUAGUCCAUCCAUAAAGUGGUCUACUGGGAGUGAAUAUUUCAUUUUUGUUAAUUCUACUAUCGAGGAAUCCAUGAAGAAUGAACGAUCUAAUUUUGGUCCUGCUUGUGGUCAGACCUACAUUAAAGCUGCCAGUCCUGGCCGAGCUGUUUUACAUGCAACCUUUUUUCUUCGAACAAAUGAUGGUUUUAGCAGGCAGAUAAUGUUAAAAGCAUCUGCUCCUAUUGCAUCGUUUUUACCACUAACUUUACAUCAAGCUGGAGAUGGCAACAAGUUUGGUGGUUACUGGUUUGGUUUGGAGGAAGAGCUAACCCAUGAUGGAUGGGAAAGUUUGAAUUAUUUAUAUCUUGCACCUGGAUCCCAUUUAGAUGUUGCACUUGCUGGAGGACCCGAAAGAUGGAAGAAAGAAGUUGAAUAUAUUCAAACUGUUGAAGUUCUUGAUGAGUUGUGUGCCCUUCCUAAAGAUGGAGCCCUUGUUCACGAAGUCCGAAAUUCAGAAGGAAAUGGAUACACAAUAUUAUGCCAAGUGCUUGGCAACUUUACACUUGUUUUCAAACGUGGGAAUCUGGUUGGAGAUGAACAUCCACAACCUGCGGUUGCAGAGGCAAAAUUGCGGCUUGAUUGUAGCUUUCCCCAUUCAAUUGUGGUUCUAGCUGACGAACCUGUGAACAAGUUGGACAUUAUACAAUAUGCUAUUCAAGCUGAACGUGAUCCUGGCUGCAUUCGCUCCUUGCCUAGAACUGUAGCAAAUGGGCAGACCAUUAGACUUUCAGCAGUUGGAAUUAGUAAUUCUGGAAAUGCCUUUUCCAACUCUUCAUCUGUUCCCUUAAGAUGGGAAUUAAACGAUUGUCAGGAGCUGGGAUCUUGGAAUGAAGCUUAUAAUUCUCAAUUAACUGUAUCCAGUUGGGAAAGAUAUUUACGCCUGGAGAAUGCAUCAGGACAGUGCACUGUUCAUGCUGUGGUUCAGAACCGUUUCAAAUAUGUCUCCCCGUUAUCAGAACUUGAUGCUUCCGAGAAUAUUCUUCGAGAUGCUAUUCGUCUCCAGGUUGUCUCGACGCUACAAGUUUUUCCAGAAUUCAGUUUGCUUUUCUUUAAUCCCGGUGCACAGAUGAAUCUUUCAGUUGUUGGAGGAAGUUGUUUUCUGGAGGUUAAUGUGAUUGAUUCGCGAGUUGUAGAAGUUCUGCAGCCUGCAGCAGGUUUACAGUGUUCACAAUUGGUGUUGGUUCCGAGAGGUGUGGGAACUGCAGUAGUAAAAGUAACUGAUGUAGGGCUUUCUCCUUCACUAAAAGCUGUUUCAACGGUCAAAGUUGCAGAGGUGGAUUGGCUCAAGAUUAUUCCGGGGGGAGGGAUAAGCGUGAUGGAGGGAGGCCUGAUUUCUAUUGACCUUCUUGCCGGAACGGAUGAUGGGAAUAUAUUUGAGUCCUCUCAGUAUGCUUUCAUGAAUAUUCAAGUGUACAUCAAGGACCAAAUAGUCGACCUUGUAGAUGGUUAUAAUUUAACUUUUGGUGAUGGAAUUGUUAAUGCUUCCAACUUUACAAUCUAUGGCAGAUCGGCUGGAGUAACCACUCUAUAUGUUACCUCUAGACAGCAGUCAGGUAGAGAAAUAUACAGUGGAAACAUUACGAUUGAAGUUUAUGCUCCACCUGUUGUACAACCCAGUGAUAUUUUCUUGGUUCCCGGUGCAUCUUAUAUGCUUACUGUGAAAGGAGGACCAAGGAUUGGUGUCUUCAUUGAGUAUACAAGUACGAAUGAUAGCGCUGUAGCAGUUCAUGCUUCUGUUGGACAAUUAUCUACAAUUGCACCGGGAAAUGCUACCGUAGUUGCCACCUUUUAUGGAAAAGAAAGAGCAGUCCUUUGUCAAGCUCAUGGUAUAGUCAGAGUAGGGAUUCCAUCUGCAGCAAUCCUGAAUGUACAGAGUGAGAAACUGGCCGUGGGACGUGAGAUGCCGAUUUUUCCUGUCUUAGUCGAGGGAGACUUGUUUUCAUUUUACGAGGUUUGCAAGAAUUACAAGUGGACUAUUGACAAUGAGAAGGUAUUGGGUUUCCACCCUUCUGGGCAUACAAAUGAUAACUACAAGCUGCAAAAUUUGGAUCUCAGCAACUAUGAGUAUGAGCAGGAAAUCAAUUUGAUUAAGAUUUUAUCUGGAAGGUCUGGUGGAAGAAGCAAAAUUGCACUUACAUUCACUUGUGACUUCUCAUCUCCCAGUUUUUUAUUACAAUCGAGGUCUUACAGCGCUUCUCUACUCAUAAGAGUUGUGCCUGAUCCUCCUCUUGCUCAAGGGAUUCCAAUUACAUGGGUUCUUCCUCCACAUUAUACUACAUCAGAUCUUUUACCUCCAUAUUCAAAAUCACACAUUACUACGGACUUCCAGAGUCAAACAGGAUACGUUACUUACUCUUUAUUGGGAUAUUCUGGAAAAAAUGUUGAUCAACUGCAUAAGGGUAUCAUUUCUAUAUCUGGCAAGAGUAUUACAACAACAGAGAGCAAUAAUCUUGCUUGUAUCCAGGCAAAAGACCAUAGUACUGGGAGAAUUGAGGUUGCUUCUUGUGUGAGGGUGGCUGAGGUUUCUCAAAUCAGAUUCCCGAGGAAGUUAACAUUUCAUUUAGCUGUUGGCGCUGAACUUGAACUCCCUUUAUAUUUCUAUGAUAAUUUGGGAAAUCCCUUCUUCGAAGCCCGUGAUGUGUUUUUUGACAUAGAGACUAACUUCAAAGACAUUCUUGCUAUCGAUAAUGUUAAUCAGAAAAACGGUAGUACUGUGAUUAAGGCAAUGCAACAUGGUAGAGCUCUUGUUCGGGUGAGAUUUGAUGGUAAUCCACAGAAGUCAGACUAUGUCUUGGUUUUUGUGGGAGCUCAUAUAAAUCCACAAGAUCCAGUUCUUCACCCUGGAAGCAAUUUGAGCUUCAGUGUAGAAGGUUUAAAUGGUCAAGCAUCAGGACGAUGGCUGAGUGGCGAUGAAAGUGUUAUUUCGGUUGACUCACUUUCAGGUGAAGCUGUGGCAAUUGGGAAGGGUACGGUCUCAGUGACAUUUCAAAGUUCAAGCUUGAAACUUCAAACUACUGUAAGAGUGUUGAAUGGGGAUCUCAUAUCUGUUGGUACUCCAACGGACACCAUAACAAAUAUUCCUGUCCCCCCAGGAGGAUAUAAAUUUUCAGUGAAAUUCAGUGACCAUGGUUUGAGAGGUCCUAGUCAAAAUAUGGACCUUCCGUAUGAAUGUCAAGUGGAGCCUACUUUUGUUGGGCAUGCUAAGCCAUGGAAGGAUCUUGAUACGGGUGAUUCGUAUUGUCUUUUCUUUCCUUACUCUCCUGAACAUUUAAUGCACACGGUACCCAAAUUGAAGAAUAAGAGACAAGAUAUAUCCAUCUCAAUCCAUGCUAAACUAAGAGAUGCCAAUGAUGUGUCAAGCUCUGCAUCUGCCUUAUUUCUUGGUGGUUUUUCAAUUUUGGAUAUGGAUAAGGAUUCUUUGCAGUUGAAUUUGACACGGAACUUUAACAGAAGCAUCAUAACAGUAGUGGGCAAUACAGAUGUAAGCACCCACUGGUUGAACCGAGAUCUUUUGACGGUGAGGAGCUUGCUUAAAGAAGGUUCUGGCAUCGGGGGGCGUGUACAAUAUGAGGUUGAAGUUUUAAAAACAAAGCCUUUCAAGGACAAACUUACAUUUACUCUUCCAGCCACUGGCCAGAGAGUAGAAGUACAUGUAAACUAUGAAGUAGGCGAGGAAAAGGCACCAACUAGUGAUAUAACACUAUGGGCAGGAAUAACAGGGCUUAUACUCUUGAUACUGUCUGUACUCAUCUUUAUAUGUUUCCUCGACAGACCUAAAAGUAGUCGUUCAUCUACUGCUCUCGAUGUCCAAAAUGUUGCUGCACCUCAGACUCCUGACUGUCCUGACCGUAGCAACCAUGCUCCUCAAAAUGAACGGUCCCCUCGGACACCCCAACCCUUCAUUGAUUAUGUGAGGAGAACAAUAGAUGAAACUCCUUACUACACGCGUCAAAGGAGAAGAUUUGAUCCACAAAACACCUACUAGUUAUCCUCUCAAUGUUUGUUUUAGUGCUUGUUGUACAUGUGCAUUAGCUACCUUGUCAUACAAUCGGCAAAAUCCUUUGCCUAUACAUUUUGCAUGAUUCAAUUAUUGCACCGUUUGAUCCUUCUCGUAGGUUCGGGUACGGAAUAUAAUUUAUUUAUUUA